UGAAAUUGACGUCACGAUCAUGACGACUAGUCACAUUUCGUUGUUUCGAUCAAACAAGCGGCAAAGUUUGGUUUUGCACGUUUCUGUCUGCUGCGUAUAUUAUUAUUAAUCAUGAAGAUCGAGGAGGUGAAAAGUACUGCAAAAACUCAAAGAAUUUCUUCCCACACGCACAUAAAAGGCUUGGGACUUGACGAAAAUGGAAAUGCAAUUCAAAUGGCAGCAGGACUCGUUGGUCAGCAAAUGGCCAGAGAGGCUGCCGGAAUCGUCGUAGACAUGAUAAGAUCCAAAAAGAUGGCCGGUCGAGCAGUUCUCUUAGCGGGUCCUCCGGGUACAGGAAAAACCGCAAUCGCCCUAGCAAUAGCCCAAGAAUUGGGAAACAAAGUUCCCUUCUGCCCGAUGGUAGGCUCAGAAGUCUAUUCUUCGGAAAUAAAAAAAACGGAAGUUCUCAUGGAGAAUUUUCGACGAGCGAUCGGUCUCAGAAUCAAGGAAACGAAGGAAGUUUAUGAGGGUGAGGUCACCGAAUUGACUCCCGUCGAAACCGAGAAUCCAAUGGGUGGAUAUGGAAAAACCGUCUCGCAUGUUAUCGUUGGGCUCAAAACCGCAAAAGGAACGAAGCAAUUAAAAUUAGAUCCUUCGAUUUACGAGUCUCUUCAAAAAGAGAAAGUGGAAACCGGAGAUGUAAUUUAUAUCGAGGCAAAUAGCGGAGCGGUCAAAAGACAAGGCAGAAGCGACAAUUUCGCGACCGAAUUCGACUUGGAAGCUGAAGAGUAUGUUCCGCUACCUAAAGGCGAUGUUCACAAGAAGAAGGAAGUCAUCCAGGAUGUUACUCUUCACGAUUUGGAUGUUGCGAAUGCGAGACCGCAGGGAGGCCAGGACAUAAUGUCGAUGAUGGGCCAGUUGAUGAAGCCAAAGAAAACUGAAAUUACAGAUAAACUGAGAAAGGAAAUAAACAAAGUUGUGAACAAAUACAUAGACCAAGGAAUUGCCGAGUUGGUGCCUGGUGUUUUAUUCAUCGACGAGGUCCACAUGCUGGACAUUGAGACAUUUACUUACCUCCAUCGUGCACUCGAAAGUGCAAUUGCACCAAUCGUGAUUUUUGCGACAAAUCGCGGAAAGUGUAUAAUCAGAGGCACAGAGGACAUUUCUUCGCCGCACGGAAUUCCUCUUGAUUUGCUGGAUCGGCUUUUGAUAAUCAAGACUCUCCCCUACGCGAGGAAUGAAAUGGAACAAAUUGUCAAACUCAGAGCGGCGACUGAAGGCCUCCACGUUGAGGACGAUGCUCUCGCAACCCUUGGAGACCUGGGCACGAAGACGACUCUCAGGUACGUGGUGCAACUUCUCACACCUGCUGCAUUAACAGCAAAAAUCAGCGGGAGGACGAAUAUCAAAAAAGAAGACAUCGACGAGGUCGGAUCGCUCUUCCUCGACGCCAAAUCUUCGGCGAAAAUUCUUACUCAGCAGGCUUCUAAGUUUAUGAAAUAGUUUUUCUGCUUUAGUCUUAAAACUAGUUUUAAGAUUUUUUACGCUUGAAGAAAUGACAAUAUUUUUUUUUGUUUCCUUCUUACUUUGUUCCAGACGAGCUUUGAAUAAACGUUCAAUGAUUCUAGUUUCUUUAAAA